GUACGAGUUGUGUGACUUGUAUAAUUAAAUCGCCAUGGUAGUAUGGUACCAUACGUCCAUAGUCCAUACAUUCACAUUCCCUUAAACCCUAAUCAGUACUGUAAAACCCACAACCAUCAGCUCCCAAUACAGAAGGAACAACAAUGGCGUGGCGAACUGGAUCAGCGUCAAGGUUCCUCAACGCUACAAGGUCUCCUUCCAUCCGACCUUCCACCGCCGUCCGCCGCCCUCCUUCACCGCUUCUCCCUUAUUCUCGCCGCCUCUCUUUCACGAAUCCUAGGAGCCUUGAGGUAUUGGGAUGCGUUCAAUCGCUGAUGCCGAUGUAUAACGUGGUGGUGGCGGCGGUGACAGACGCUCGAUUGACAUCACGCAUUGAAUUCGACCCCAGGGCUUGUUGCCAGCUGUCUAAGGGUAGCUGAAUUGCCCGACUUGCUAACGGGGAAACAAAAGAAUUCUCUCAAGUUGAUGGUAGAAUUGGUGCAAGGAGCACUCUGAUGUAGGCAGCAGGAGUCUCAGAAGUCAGAAAUAGGUUUUAUCUAAACUUUCCUUAAGUUUCGAUGAAAAGCUUACUCUAACUCACCUGGUGAAAAUGAAGUAAAAAUUUCCUUGAAUUCUUGUAUAAAUAAUUUUUUUGUCAAUACUUUGUGUAGGUGAUUUUUGUUGAAGGAAUUAAAAAGAACACAAUAUAGGUUGUCUUCUGUUGUGCGUGCAUUUUAAUUAUUUGACUCGGAGUUAUGUAUUUCUUUCUCUAUAUUCAGUGAAUCAAGAUUUCUA